AAUCGGAGAACCACAAACCUGUAGAGAGAGAGGAAAGCAAGAGAGACUAUCAUCUGUUUUAGUUGAGUGUGAGUGUUAGAUAUGAGUGAAUAUCUGAUCAUAUUAUCUUGCCUCCUAUCCGUUCUGCAGGAUGUGGAGUCUGAGAUCAUCACUGUGCAAGAUGGACAAGAUGCCAACAUCAAAUGUUCUCAUACAUUUGCACGUGACAAUGUUAAAUACUUCUGCAGACAUCCAUGUACAUAUGAGGAUGUCCUUAUCACAUCUGAAAGUCAGCAUUACAAUCAAUCAAGAUUUUCCCUUGUUGACCAUGGGACUGGGGAUUUCACCGUCACCAUCUCUAAAGUGAGAUCUACAGACUCUGGAAUAUACUAUUGUGGAGUUGAACGCUUUAUUAAAGACACCUCCACCGAAGUCCAUUUAAAGGUGGUUCGUGUCCCAUCCUCCAUACCAAGUUACUCUUCUAACAGACCCUCCAAAACAACAGCCCAAACCACAUGGCCUGGCGACACAUCUGUGAGACAGUCGAGCAGGGACCACGAGGGGGAAGAUAGAGAAGAUGAUGCCAGUGAAGAAGACGAUUCAGAGCAAAGGGCCACACCAGAACAAGCUGGGAGAGAACCAAGUGGUCUUGUGUACAUCGGUGCUGGUCUGGCUGUGGUGGUGUUUGUGUUGGUCCUCAGCCUCUUUAUGCUCUACAUACAGAAGACCAGAAGUAGGAAGGCAUCAGCUCCCUCUGCUGGACACACACCAAACACUGGCUCAGGAAAUAAUCACCAGGUCCAGUGUGACUAUGCUGAUGUCACAAUCAGCCCCGGUAACCCCGCCUCCAGCCACACCCCACCUGACACAGACCCUUCAGCCAUCUAUUCCAAUGUCCCGCCACCGUCCAAUCAGAAUCCACACUCUGUAGACUACUCUACAGUCCGCUUUGACCGAAGCGAGGAGUCUCUCCAGUACGCCACUGUGAGAUUCACUGACCCACCAGCAGGGGGAGACAGACAGCGAAGUAACCCCGGGUCAGUGAUCUACUCCACCAUCAACCUCUAGAUACAAAGGCAACAUGUAUGUUUGGUUGUGAUACUACAGUAUAUUGUCUAC